GAAAUGUGUUCUAUUCGCUUGUUGCUGUGUCAAAUUUAAGAGGGAAAGACGUAUGAACGAGUCGGAAAUAUCAAGAAUACUCACUACGUUUACACAAUUGUAAUAUUAUUUGUUAAAAAGUGUCUUUUCCGUACCAAUUUAACAAAAUAAAGUGUACGACAAAAUUGUUGAAAAAAAUUCCAAUACAAUUGAACCGAUGCUGUAUAAAAUAUAAACUGUGAUAACAAAUCAACAUUAGUAAAUGUGAUUUGAUUUUUUUUUAAAUUAUUGUGUGAGGUUAUGUCAUUUGAAAUUGCAAUAAAUUGCACUGCAUAAACAGAAAGAUUGAGAUUUCAGAAGUGUUAUUUUAGUAAAAAAUAAAACUAAAUUUUCAAACGCAAACGUACUUUUAAUCAAUAACAAUGAAUUUCGAUCAAUCGAAUACCAGUGCAAAUGACAUACCAAUCGCUGAAUCGACUAAAAUCGAAAAGUCAGCAAAAACCCCAUUGAAAAGAUUACGAUACACAUUGGCCAACCGAUUUGGUUUCCAUAGCAAUCCAAAUAGUCCAAGUGGGACGCCGCAAACCAGAAAAAAUUCCACUUCAAUCAAUUCGUCAACUCUGACUAAACUUGAUCCACAAGUUUAUUUAGACACACAGAGCAAUGGUUUUGCAUCGCGUGUUGUUAAGUAUCAUGAUGAAAGUGUUGCAAAAGGUCGAAAUAUCACAAAUAAAGUCUAUCGUCGACCAGGCGAUUUUCCAAUCGUUAAUUUGGACAAAAGUGAAAUAAACUUGAAUAAAAAACAAGCAAACGUACCAACAGUGUCCAAAAUCAAUAUCGCACCGCCAAUUAAUCUUGUGAGUGCAUCGAAUGCAUCGGCACGAUCGACCAUAUUUCGUACGGGAAAAAAUUAUGGCGAUUCGUAUCAAAUUGGAAAAUUGGGUCCGAUUGAAGCUCGAAAACCAAUUAAGACAGUUUCACCAUCAGCACAUAAUUCAACACAAAAUGAACCGAUCGUCCCGACAAACAACGACUACGACAGUGCACCAAUUCGCAGUUCGUUAGAAGCAUUAAAGGAAAUAUCACGAAAACGUAUACAUUGUGAUGAAAUUGAUGGCGAUACCAAUAAAAAGCAGCGCGCAGACAAUGACUAUGAAUCGAAUAAUGCACAAGUGGCUAUUACAUCGAAGCGAGCUAGAGAUCGUACAUCACCGUCAUUUUCCAGUUCGGCGGCUGAAAUGCAGCAAAAGCGAUACAAAAACAACGACAUCUUAAGCUCAUUGAGUUCAAGCAUUUUGAUGAGUACACCAAAACGAAGCGCACUCAAUGCGGAUGUAACAGCGUCCAAAAUUCGUCGUCCAGAAUUCAACUAUGACAGAGACGAUGCGAAUGAAAGUGUGCUGACGAAUAGCUGUGCGAUUGGUAAAAGUAAAUCAGAACCAAGUGGUGUUGUUGGAACGAGUAAAAGUGAUUUGCCACAUCAUCCAUCCGAACCAAUAAAACCCGUUACAAAAUCGAUGUCCGAUGGCUAUGAUCCAAAAUCGUCGACGACAAAAACAAACAAACUCACAUUGUUCAAUAAGGUGUACAGUGCUACAUCAACGACAGGCGAAAAGAAAAAACCGAUUGAUGAUGACGACGAGAAUUCAAUCACAUUUGUUAAACCCAAAGCCAAAGCAUCGUCCAUUUUUAGUGUCAAUAAAAAUCGCGAUCAAAAAUCAAAGCUUGCAAUGAUGUUAAGCUUUUUGCGUGGCGAUGAAUCAAAAGAUGAGGUGGAUAGUGUUGGAAAACCGUCGAUUGAUUCUGAAAAAUCCAAUCAAAAGGAGGAACCGAAAUCAGCGAUCAGCUCAUCUACCUCGGCCAAUUUGAAUACAACUACUUCAGUCACAUUCAGUACAGCAACAACAACAUCUCUGUUGAAUGUACCGUCGGAUGUCACGAAACCAAGCAUAAGUGAACCUCAAAAAUUCGAGGCCAAGAUUCCAACGGUGGUUACAAAACCCAUUGAAUCAAGUGCGACUCCGUUGAUUAGUCUUUCAACAGCCGCAUCUACAACUGCACCUCCAAGCACAGCUAUAACAACCACAAUACAAAAUAGUCCUAAGGUCAGUACGGAAAAUGCAAUUAAGCCAACUGUAACUUUCAAUUUGCCGCCAACAACGGCUGCAACAUCAAUCGCAACUACGUCAGCUAGUGAUUCGGCUCCGCGGCUUGGGGGUUUCUCUUUUUCUGCUACACAAACGGCAUUCACAUCACCUUUGGUUGCCAAACCAACUGCAACAGAGUCACUAUCAAUUGCCAAAACAGAGGAGAAUAAGCCAGCACCACCGUCAUUCUCAUUUGGAUUAACCAAAUCGACCACAAACACUACGUUGCCUUCGUUCACUCCACCGACAUUUGGAUCGAAUACGUUGCCAGCCAAAACUGAAAGUACCCCAGCUUCAACGCAAUCAAGCAUUGUAACAGCUGUCAAACCUCAAACAGGUGCUUUCCAAUUUGGAAAUACGACAUCGUCUACACCGGCGACAUUCAACCUUGAUAGUUCGGCAUCAAAACCAUCAGUACUCACAUUUACACCGAAUAACAACACAUCCACCAACAAUACAAACUCGACAUUAAACCAGACACCAUCGAUGCCAUUUGCAUUCGGAAGUACCUCAAAUACCAGCAAACCGGAUUUGAAUACAUCAAUCACAAGUGCCUCUAUUGCGCCAUUUGCUUUUAGCGCAACAACGGCCAGUACAUCAGCGCCACCCGUAUUUGGUUCUACACACACUGUGACUACUUCGACAAACGCUAUACCGGCACAAAAUCAGACAUCAUCUCCACCAUUUUCAUUUGGUGGUGCAGUCAGUGCAGCCAGUGCCGCCAAACCUCAAACAGGGGCUUUCCAAUUCGGAAAUACGACCACAACAAGUGUGGUAACUCCUUCGUUUGGAUCGCCAUCCGUUAGUACUCCAUUGUUCGGAAUGGCAAAUCCAACAUCAUCAAUAACGGCAACCACCCAAAGUGGUGCAUUCACUUUUGGAGCGAACAAAUCGACUGCCGGUCCGAAAUUCGGUGAAACCACGGCCACGGUCACGCCUGCAUUUGGUAGCACCAUCACAACAACGGCAACAACAACAAAUUUAUUUGGUAAUGCUCAAAAUACAUCGGUAUUUGGAACAAGCAAUCUCACAGCAACACAACCCAAAACAGAGAAUGUUUUUGGUGCGGCCAAUCAAACUACGAAUACUCCAGUUUUCGGUAGCCAAAAUCAAUCGAACACAUUUGGUAAAACACCAUCAGCGCCAGCAUUCGGUUCGAAUAAUAACUUAUUUGGAAAUACACAGUCAACAAAUGCACAAAUUCAACCACCACCAGCAUUUGGCACAAGCAACAAUAAUUUAUUUUCAACCCAAACGACAUCAGCCAAUUUGAAUCAAUCGAAUAGUUUAUUUUCUACCCAAACGACAUCAGCCAAUUUGAAUCAAUCGAAUAGUGCAUUUGGUUCCACUACCGCAGCAGCAGCAGCAACGCCUUCUGGUGUUUUCGCAUUUGGUGGCCAACAAACUCCGGCGACGACAACAGCAUCCACUGGCAUAUUUGGCACCACAAAUACGAACACCAAUGCAAAUGCACCAUUUGUGUUCGGCCAAGGUAAUUCAAUGAAUUUAAUGCAAUCGAACACACCGAGUCAACCAAGCGGAAUCUUUGGUAGUAAAACAGUUGAAAAUUCAUUAACCGCACCGCCCGCAUUUGGCAGUACCACGCCUGUCGCCAAACCUCAAACAGGUGCUUUCCAAUUUGGAAAUACGACCACACCAAGUGUACCAGCUUUUGGAUCAAAUUCGGCUACACCACAGUUUGGCGGUGCCACAAAUGGAAUUGGUUCAUCAUUUGCGUUUAGCGCAACAAACCAACCCGAAGCAGCAAAACCAUUCAAUUUCGGAGGACCAUCAACAGCACCGGCCGAAUCAGUGGCUCCAUUCUCAUUUAAUUCACCCAGUGCGGCACCAGCUCAAAAUGCUUUUCAAUUUAAUGCAGCACCACAACAACCUACCACCAACAUGUUUAGCAUCGGUCCUGGUUCGAGUACAACAAAAACAGGUCGCCCAAUGCGAACAGCUACACGACGAAUGAAAUAAACUUUUUGUACAUAUUCUAAUUUUCUGUGCUAAUAAUUUCUAAGAAAUAAAUAAAUAUUUUCAUUUCAUCAAUAUGAA